AACUAUGAUCCGCGCUGCUGUUUUGGGGGAGCAAGCAUUGUGUUUUCCGAGGCCUGCUUGCUGCCAUCAUCAUCGCCAGAUGAUUGAAUCCUAGUAGGCAGGCCAAACAGCUCGCCGAGGAGACUCGCACACUAGGAUUCGCGCGUGGUGGAGGACUGUGAAGAAAAUCCCAGCUGAAUAGUGGUGGCGGCUGCUAAUCCGCGUUCUGAUUGUGGGAAAAACCUGAGGGCGGUGAAAAAAUCGAAAAUAUGGAUCUGUGUCGAGUGUGGUCGUGGUGUGUGGUGAAGCGGUGUGGUGCAUCUUUUUGAGGUCAUUUGAAAGCGAACCAUAUUAGGGAGAAAUUGGCAUUGUUAUUUGAAAUGGUAAUUUGAUGGGACGCGGGCGGGAGGUCAUUUUCCACGAUGUGUAUCAUUGUCACCGCUGUCGAACGAAGAAGAAGUGAGUGCCCCCCCCCAUCAUCGUCCGAGGGAGUUAUUUCGUUGUGUCGGUCGGUUCUGAUUAGCUGAAACAGAAGUCGUCGAAAGUUGAUUUGACUUUCAUAAGAGGAUAAUUACUGAAGCGGAACGGAACAUUAAAUAGACUGUCGUCGCAGUUGUUGGUUUUGCGCGCGGGUCGGAGGUGAUGGGACGAGAUUGGCGGGCGUCCGGAAUGGAUUAUCGGAUGUGAAAAUAGCAGACCCAUUAUGGUUCGCAGUCGGAGAGAAAGAGACGUUUCCAAAUACGAUGCGCUGCUGAAGUCGGUUUCAAGUACGCCACAAUGGAAGAAAGCAUGCAUAGUGUGAAAGAUAGAAUAUACCAGGAAGAAAUACGAUAUAACUAAACGGAUACACGGCUGUUAUUGACGGGGACAAAAUUGGACAAAAUUCUGUGCUUAUCCUUCUGAAGAAUCUGCAGCAUUUAAUUGAAAAAAAAAAUCGUGGGUAAAACAAUCUAGUAGUUUGUAGGUUAGUUACCAUUGCAGAAGACGGUCAUCCGUCAGUGUUGCUUAGUGAUGUGCAUCGGUGGUAACCAAUGGCAACGGAAUGAAAAGUGGCACCCAGUGUAUCGGUAGUUCACCUCGCCCUAGUCGGGGAAUGACCCUUCACCACCACGUGGGGAUGGAAGAGGCCUUGAACCGGCGAAGACGACGAUCGCGAUUCCGAUCGCGCUCAGGACAACAGUGGUUGACUGUGGCGACACCCGGCGAUGGAGGAGGUUCGUUAUAGUGCACCACACGCGACCGGGGGCUACUCCAAAGGACACACAAAACAGUGCCGGGAGGGGCGGGGGUGCAAAGUGAAAAUGUGGUGGCAGCUGAUGGGAUUUGCGCUACUACACGCACUUCAAGUGGGACUAGCUGUGAAAGGAGGAGGCGGACACUCGAAAUCGAUGGCAGCCGGACGACUGGAGAACGUCACCCAAACUAUUUCUAGGAUAUUGGAAGGUUACGACAUUCGGUUGCGGCCAAACUUUGGCGGUGACCCACUACACGUAGGAAUGGAUCUAACAAUAGCUAGUUUCGAUGCAAUUUCAGAAGUCAAUAUGGACUACACGAUAACAAUGUACCUAAAUCAGUACUGGAAGGACGAGCGAUUAGCGUUCAACGCGUACUCGAUAUGGGGCCCGGACGUGCCGGCGGGGUCGGCGACAUCCGGCGGGACGGCCAUCGGCAGCCGCCAGUACGACCAGAACGGUGACAUCAUGAUCGAGGACGACGGCGCCAACGACGUGAUUACGCUGUCGGGGGACUUUGCCGAGAAGAUCUGGGUCCCGGAUACGUUCUUCGCCAACGAUAAGAACAGCUUCCUGCACGACGUCACCGAGCGGAACAAGCUGGUGCGGCUGGCCGGGGAUGGGUCCGUGACCUAUGGGAUGCGUUUCACGACGACGCUCGCCUGCAUGAUGGACCUGCACUACUACCCGCUCGACUCGCAGAACUGCACCGUGGAGAUUGAGAGCUACGGCUACACCGUAUCGGACGUGCUGAUGUACUGGCGGUCGACCCCGAUCCGAGGCGUGGAGGAAGCCGAACUGCCACAGUUCACCAUAAUAGGAUACGAAACUAAUGAUAGAAAAGAAAGACUGGCAACGGGCGAGUACCAGCGGCUGUCGCUAUCGUUCAAACUGCAGCGCAACAUCGGGUACUUCGUAUUCCAGACCUACCUGCCCAGCAUUCUGAUCGUGAUGCUGUCGUGGGUAUCGUUCUGGAUCAACCACGAGGCCACCUCGGCCAGAGUGGCACUGGGUAUAACCACCGUGCUCACCAUGACCACCAUCAGUACGGGGGUGCGGAGUUCACUGCCCCGGAUCAGCUACGUCAAGGCCAUCGACAUCUACCUGGUGAUGUGCUUUGUGUUUGUGUUCGCUGCCCUGCUGGAGUACGCCGCCGUGAACUACACGUACUGGGGCGCGCGGGCGAAGAAGAAAAGUAAAAAGAACAAAGAAGAGGAGAAGAAGGUUUCAAGAAAGCAGGAAAACAGCUCUGGAUGUUCAACGGAGGACAUCAUCGAACUGCAGGACGUCCGAAUGAGUCCAAUAGCGUCGCUCCGGAAUCGGCAUUACGCCAACACGACCUCGUCGACCGGUGCGGACGCCGUAGAUCUAGCCAAAUUCCCUCCCAGUUUUCGGAUCGCUCGACCCUAUGGGUCCAGCACUCGAUCCAGUGGGUUGCGGUACCGGGGUAAUCGAGGUCACAACCGACCGAAGAUGCUGCACGCGAUCAGGCGCGGAGCGUCCGUCAUCAAGGCGUCCAUCCCGAAGAUCAAGGACGUCAACGUGAUCGACAAGUACUCGCGGGUGAUCUUCCCGGUCAGUUUCGCGGCUUUCAACGCCGGCUACUGGAUCUUCUACGUGUUGGAGUGACCAUCGGCGAACUAACCGGAUCCGUAAGUCACAGCCAACCCGCAGCAGACGGAGCGAGGAUUUGUCGUAGUGGUAGCGAUAGCCGAGUUGUAGUUGUCGUACUAGCAGCACCAUUCACCAUCACCAUCUAGUAGAAAGGGGGCAGUACUAGAACAGCUGCCGAAGGGGUUCGGUGCAUAGAUGCGCGUCCUCAGUAGAGUAAUGCCGAGUUCCGAGCAACCCCCGGAUGUGGGUCCUAUCGAAAAUAAGAGAAAACGCCAAGAAGCGCACGUUCGACUAAACAAUAAUCCUUCCGCUGCCGAGUUUAGACAUUUGACGCACCAGAGUUUUGACAUCCGGUUAGUUCAGAAAACGAGAAACCUUCCAAAGAAAAAAAAUAUAAAAAAGAAACGAAACACAUUAGUGAGAGACACACAGUUCAUCAAGGUGGC